AUGGGCCAGACUUUAGCACAGCAGAUCACCAUCUACGACCAAGAGAACUUCCAGGGCAAGAGGAUGGAGUUUGCGGCCUCCUGCCCCAGCAUCAUGGAGUGCAGCUUCGACAACAUCCGCUCGCUCAAAGUGGAGACUGGCGCGUGGUUUGGCUACGAACACACCAACUACUGUGGGCAGCAGUUUGUGCUGGAGCGCGGAGAGUACCCCCGGUGGGAAGCCUGGAGCGGGAGCAACGCUUACCACGUCGAGCGGCUGAUGUCCUUCCGCCCCAUCAACUCCGCGAACCACAAAGAGUCCAAGAUCACCCUCUUUGAGAAGGAGAACUUCAUGGGGCACCAAUGGGACCUCCAAGACGACUACCCUUCGCUGCAAGCCAUGGGGUGGGGCAGCAACGAAGUGGGCUCCAUGAAGGUCCACAGUGGCGCCUGGGCAUGUUACCAGUACCCUGGCUACCGCGGCUACCAGUACAUCCUGGAGUUUGACCACCACGGCGGGGACUACAAGCACUGGCGGGAAUGGGGCUCCCAUGCUCAGACCGCCCAGAUCCAGUCCAUCCGGCGGGUGCAGCAGUAAGGCCUUCCUGCUCGCCUCUCUUCGGUCCCUGGGGCCACUCUCCACCGAUGCCCAAGGACCCCCCCCCCCGGCCCUCCUCUAUGGGGCUGAGGGGCCUCCUCCUCCUCCUCCUCUCCUCCUCCCAGGGCCCGUUUGGCUGCCACAGAUAUGAAUAAACACCUUGGAAGAAACCGCAUGUCAGGAAUCCACCGCA